UUUAUAAGUCAGCUUUGCACUAUGAUACAAAUAAUUAUGACUCAUCCUCCUCGUCCACUCGCAUCCCAACUCCCACAUUACCAGAUUUUUUUAGAGCACAUAUUUCACGUUCUUCUUCACGUCCUUUUCAAUACAUAACACCACCCAAUCUGUCCAGCCUACUCCAAUACUUUAUCUUUAAAAUUAUAAUACUAUCAUUCGCAAGUUGCAAACUCCCCAACACCUCAUAUCUUUCUUGCCUUCCUCUUUUAUUUUUAAUCAAAAAGGACGCUUUAUUGCCUUCCUGGAGUAGUAUUUUUUUGAAGUAUUAGUAAAGUAAAGUACUAUCUCAUCAUCAUCAUCGCACUUUGCUUUAAAUUAUAGCCCGAGGAUAAUCAAACAUCUUACUGCGGAAAAAAAAAAGCCUAAAGAAAAUAGAUAAAGAGAAAAAUAGUACAAUGAAUUGUCCCAGAGAUUGGCCAGAACCCAUAGUCCAAGUGCAAUCUUUAUCAGAUAGUGGAAUCUCCGAAAUUCCAGAAAGAUAUGUGAAGCCGCCAACGGACAGACCAAUAUCAUUAAGUAGUUCCUCCCAGAGUGAUGUGAACAGCCCAAUCAUCGAUCUUCAGGGAUUAUUCGACAAUGAAAGAAAAAGUUUUAGUGGCCUUAAAUCAUCGUUGAUAUAUGAGCAGAUAUCAGAGGCAUGCCGGAACUGGGGUUUCUUCCAGGUGGUGAACCAUGGUGUUCCUCCUGAGCUCAUGGACCAGGCAAGAGAAGUAUGGCAAGAAUUCUUUCACCAGCCCGUGGAAAUGAAGCAGUGUUACGCCAAUUCACCAAAGACUUACGAGGGCUAUGGCAGCCGCCUUGGUGUUGAGAAAGGUGCCAUUCUUGAUUGGAGCGACUAUUAUUUUCUUCACUAUCUUCCUUGUUCCUUCAAGGACCACAAAAAGUGGCCUGCUCUUCCUGUUUCUUUAAGGGAAGUGAUUGAAGAGUACUCAAAACAAGUGGUGAAUUUUGGGGGGCGUUUAAUGAAGGUAUUAUCAGCAAAUCUUGGAUUAAGUGAGGAUUACUUGGAAAAUGCAUUUGGAGGUGAAGAUAAUAUUGGAGCAUGUCUAAGGGUUAAUUUUUACCCAAAAUGUCCACAACCAGACCUUACAUUAGGCCUUUCGCCACAUUCUGAUCCUGGUGGAUUAACCUUUCUCCUCCCUGACCAGCACGUCGUCGGCCUUCAAGUUCGCCACAACGGGCACUGGAUUACUGUAAAACCAGCUUCACAUGCUUUCAUUGUCAAUAUGGUGAUCAAGUUCAGGUGCACAGGGAGACAGACUGGACUCAUAGUUGCUUAUUCAGAGAUUGCAUAGCAGAGCUCCAUCUCAUUCGGAGCCAUAGCUUUUGGGUACUUAUUCUUUUGUGUACAUAAUUAUGGGCAUAGCGGGGUCCUGUCCCGCUCAUGUGAUAUGCUAUACUCUUAGAGGCUCGUAGUCAUGUGUAUGUGGUUAGUUAUGUCUGGCCUUGCCAGCCUAUAUUUUGUAUAUCAUUUUGUUGGCCUCGUCGGCCCAUGUACAUUGUUGUGGCAUAGCUGCCUAUGAUGAUUAAAGAUGUUGUCGUCCAAUGGGACUAGUAUGAUUGAUGCUUAGAAAUGUAUGAUUGAUGAUGUGGCUCAUCUAGAUGCGAGUAUGAGUGUAAGCUAAGGGGUGCCCAGGUGGGCUAGCACCGGGUGCUCGUUGCGGCCCCCUAGUCGGGUCAUGACAGCAGUCCCUGAACAAGCAAUCUAUGGAUCAAGUCCCUCUCCCUGUCCACCUGCGGGCAUGACGCAGCGCCCAUAAACAAAAGGACGUCAGUACGAAUAAUGUACUGAGUAUGUAAAGCAUAAUCAAUAACAUAAUGGAAGCAUAUGAAAUAACAUAGAUAAACGAGUCAUGGAACGAAAGGGCUAGGUAUACCUCUAGCGACGUUCAUCAUAUUUACUUACCCUCUUUCUAAUGGGAAACUUCCAUUUCAUACGUUUAUAUAUUUAGAAGUAUCAUACCCGACCAUAGAGGUUCGGUGUCUUGCAUACCCGACCAUGAUAAGGUUCGGUGUUAUACAUACCUGGCCCUACCAAGGCUCAGUGUCAUCCGUACCAACUGCAGUGGUGUGCGCGCGAUAGACAUCAUACCCGGCCAUAGGAGCUCGGUGUUACAUAAUAGUCAUACAUAACCAUACACGUAUAUAUACUAGUCCAUAAGUAUCACCAACAUCAUCAUCAUCAUCGUUUUCAUUACUUCUUUCUUUAGAGGAUCAAAUGUCAUAUAAGGGAGGCAAUAGCAUCUUGAAAAUAUCGAGAAUCAUGAGCUUUAAUAAUUCUAGGAUAGAAUCAUUUAGAAGACAUUUUGGAACCCAUGAGAUGGUAUAUAGCAGAGGAAUCAUACCUUAAUUAAAGAAGGGUUAGUCUUACAUACCUCGUCGUCUUCGUAACUACCUAACGUUCACCAUCGAAGCUUGAGAAAUCUAAAUUUAGAAGGAUUCAUACCAUGGUUAAGCCUUAAUGAUACUCUCAAACCCAAACUAGAAUAAUUUAUGAUCUAACGAAAAUUGGGCAGCAUUUCCCCUAUUUCAUCGACUUCCACUAUAUUACAAAACAACUCUCAAACAUCCAUAACAACAUCCACAAUAUCAUAAUCAAGUAAUCACAUUCCAUUAAGUCUUUAAUAUUCAUUCUCAUAUUCAACCCAUACUAGCAACUUCAUACCAACUUUUGCACAUUUUCAUACAAUGCUUCCUCAUCACCAUUUUUACCUUUUAUAACAAGAACAUAUCUACAUCAUACUAAGAAUCAUGACUCAAAUUAGUUUACUACUCAUAAACAUCAUGAAAUCCAUAUUUAGAACUCAUCCUCUACAUUUCUCCUUUCAUCCAAGUUUUGUUACAACCAAGCAUUUUUAAUAACAUGAAAUGAGCAUGAAAACUAAACUUUUUAUCCCAUAGGAACAAGAUUUGGAGCAAGAUAUCAACUUGUGCAAAAACCCUAGCUACAACACCCAAUCAAAUCUUGAAAUCUACCAACCCUAGGAUGCCUUCUAACGCAUGAACACUUCGAUUCUUGUUAUUUAAUCUUUCUAAUCUCUUGGGUUUGAGUGUAAUAUUCUUAGAGAAGGGUUUUAGAGCUUUGAAGAGUUUAGAGAACGUGGGAAAUGAAAAAUAAAGUGAGGGUCGGCCAUGUAUAUAAAAUAAAAAUAAAAAAUCUGACCCGAUUAUACGGCCAAUUAUAUGGGCCGUAUUAUUUAUACGGUCCGUAUAAUGGAACCGUAUAAUCUCACCAGGGAUCACCCUUCUCUGGAAGCAAUCUACGGACCAUUAUACGGUCCGUACAAAUGGUCGUACAACUGGAAUUUCCAAAUUUCAUUCUUUUCGACUCGUUUGACUUCCAAUCCUUAUAGAACCUUCUUGGAACUUAUAUAACACUUCAUUAACCAUACAAUAGGCCCUAUAACAUCCCCUCAAGAUAUUACCAAAUAAAUGUUAGCUCAAUUAUAGCGAAAACCCUUCCGAACACGACUUAUAUUUCACUUCCUUCUACAAACUAAACUUCACUUAUUUGUAUGACUUCGAAAUCUCAUAGUAUGCACCUUAAGCUAUCUAAUACUUCCCUUAAUCUCGUAAGGGUUUCAUAAUCACCUUAAUCUCACGUUAGCCUACUCACAAGGCAACAAAUCCGAAAUUUUCGAGAUGUAACAGAACCAUCCCGGGAUACUGGUUGAUUUCUGAUUAUGUACAUGAGAACAAAAAAGCUCCAGCCAGAGACACCAUUAUCCUCAGGUAUGUGAUGCUUCUUUGAAUGAUUUCUUGGUCGUGUGUGGCCAACAUGGGUAUUGAUAUUGUAGCCCUGAGAGGCAUUGCAUAUUUUGGGUUGUUGUGACAGGAUGGUAGUGGUACAAUCACAAGGGAAACUCUGAUAAAUUUUUUGUAGAAAUCCCUAAGAGCUUAACAUUCGAGGACGAAUGUUCCUAUGGGGGGAGGAAUGUUACACCUCAAAAAAAAAUUGUGUCGUUUGCGUUGUAAGUAAACUAACGUAAGCUUGGAGAGGUCAUGGAACCUUUAUAAGGCUAAUGAAUACUCUUAACAAGUGUUAAGCAAGUAUCUAAAGGUUUUGGGAUCAAGCAAAUUGAAGAAAAUAAGUUUGUCGAAAAUUUGGAAAAAAGUUGAUAGAAUUUUGGGUCAACUUUGGAGGGGUAUAUCUCCUAGUAUAUUAGGAGUUUUAAGGUGUUUCAAAAUCCUAAAAUGAAUUUCGUCGAGUCUAGUUUCCAACGCAACAAACCGCUUGUCGAGACGACAUUAGAGUAGAAAAUUAUGGACGUUACAAGUUAGGCUGACGGAGCAGAAACGCGCGCUACAGUAGUCGCGCCGCUACAGUACUGUUACAGUAACUGCUACAUUGUCACCGAAUUUACCCAUCUAUAAAAGGGGAAAGACCCUAUUUGUUUUCACCAAAAAUCAUAUCAAAGGCUCAACCCACAUAAAGGGCAAUUAUGUCAUAAAAAAGUUGAGGGUUUGAAGUGAUUUUGCUUAAUCGAGGCUCGGGGAGCGCAUAGUUGUGAUUAUACUAUCGUUUUGCGACGGAAUUUGGCUUGGAUUCGAGGUGAUAUUGAGGAUAUCGUUGUUUUAGUGAGAAUAAGGUAUGAAUCUCUUAUUAUUAAUGUUAAUCUUGAUUUCUUUACGGAGAUAGAACUGUCUAAUAGCCGUAUAAUAGUUUUGUUGGUAGAAAUAUGAGAUAAACCCCAUAUGGAAUGUUUAUGGAGUAUUUUGGUAUUGAGAAUAUUAUGAUUGAUGUUGGUAUUGUUGUUGUUGUUGUUGGUUGUUGAAUUGAGAUUUCGGGCAAGGCAUAUAAACAGGGGAGAUGCUGCCUGAUUUUCUGCAGGAUAUAGAAUAGUUUAAUAUGAAGACCUAGCAUAAGCAUAUAACAAUGAGU